AUGCCGAAGAAAGCUCCUUCGUUGAGGUCGUCUACAAGACCGAAACCUCAGCCUGCACCAGCGCCUGCGCCGAAAAGACCUCCUCUCAGAACACCAAGCGCAUCUUACUCCCGACCCCCGCCAAGUCACCCGUCACCAACGUUAAAGAAUGAGGGACCUUUGAAACCUCCACCGGGUGCGGGCGCUUCACAAAGAUCAAGAUCUUAUGAAGCUGAAAGUAGGCGACCACGAUAUCCUCCUUCAUCGAGCCCAAGACAAUCCUAUUAUGAGCGACCAAGGCGCCGGGACUCAGGCUUCAGAUCUGUGUCGCCUCAAGAGAGACCGCCUCCGCCUGCGCCUGUGCAACGAGCACUGCGGCGUCGUAUGACGAGGGAAUCUGACUGGAUGUCGGAGGAUGAGAGUAGGCCUACAUCACGAAGGCGAUCCCCUACCCCGGAACGUCGUCAAAAGCCUCGACCUCAUGGAUCGGAGACACCAGCAUGGCCGAACUCACCAAAGCCCGCGGUCGCACGUCCGCCUAUGAGGUCUUAUCCGACUGAUAGCUGGCGACCCGAUCCAAGAAGACGUCCAUCUUAUGAGCCGCCCCCGUCGCCAAGACGUCCUCCUGGGGCGGGGAAGAGAUCGCCCCCGUCAGCGUAUAGACCAGCGCCUCAUUUGGCUGCAGACAUGCUACGGGGAAGACCACGAUCAAGAGGAGAUUCACCACUCCGUAAUCAUGAAACGCAUGAGUCGCCUUCUUCUCGAAGACACUCUGUCAAAUCUCCAAAACAACAGGAGGCCAAACCCGCCGAGAAGCCCGCAGAGGGUGAGCCAAAGAAGAAGGGCUUUGACUUCAUGAAACACUUCCCCCAGGCUGUAGCCGCUUACGCUGGUAUUGAAGCGUUGGGUAAGCAUGCUGACACGGCCAAAGAAUGGACGGACUGGUUCAUGAAGCUCCAAAAGACUCCAAAGGAAAUUCAUGAACUAUCCGCAAAGGCGACCACAGCAAGAGACACAAUCACACAGAUCCAGAACACGCUGGAGGCGCGGCCAGAUAUCAUCGAGGGAGACGAUGCAAAGCCAAUGCGAAAGCAGAUUGAUGAGGCUAUCGGGAAUGCGACAGCUGCACUGGACGAAAUGACGAAGCUCCUGCAGGAGAUUAGCAGUGAUGGACUGGAGGGGACCAUGUUCGGCGGUCUUGAAGAGUUUUAUAACUCUUAUAAAUACAAGGAUGAGCGCGCUCUAAUGAAGCCAGCUCCGCCAGGCUUCGACAACCCAGUACCGCCGCCAGCUCCAGGACAGUCCUCUGAUUCUGCGAAUGCACAAAGAUCAAGCACAGCGCAACCUGGGUCCAAGUCAAGGGCCGGUUCAAUAGACUUGGAUCCUCCUCCCGUGGGACGAUAUCGGAAGUCAGUUGAUGAGGAUACGACGAGAUCGACGCCGUCUGAUGUGUUAACUGAGCCCACGAUUGAGACCGCGAAGAGUGCGGCACCGGAGGACAAGCCAACGGAGGCUGAGAAAGAUGCUGGCAAACCUGAGGCUCAACAGAUUUACGGUGAAGCUCCUCCAGAUUCUCCCAAGGGUGUGAAGCUCAAGGUUGAUGAUGACCUGGCCGAUCUUCCAACACCAUCACCCAAGGCCGAACCUGCACAACCAACAGAGGCGCCAUUGAGAAAAGAAGAGCCCACAGGCAUCAAGCCCGCACAAACCACCCCAGUUGAAGCUAAGCCUCCAAGACCACCAGCACCAGUAGAAGACCCCGAAGAAAUCCUCCUCGACGCAGCAUGGAACGGCGAUAUCCAAGCCUGCAACGCCGCCCUCCGCCACGCCUCCCCCUCAACCCGAGAUCAAAACGGCUUCACCCCCUUGCACCUCGCCGCCGAACGCGACCACCUCGCCAUAGCAAUGCUUCUCCUCGACUCCUCCGCAAACACCAACGCCCGCGCCAACGGCGGCCGCACACCACUCCACCUCGCAGCACGCUACUCAUCCGCCGCGUUUGUAGAACUCCUCGUCGACGAUGGUCACGCAGAUCCUAAUGCUCGUACAACUGAUGGAAGAACACCAUUACACUAUGCGGCGAGUGUUGCGGAGGAUGGCGAUGAUGAGAAGAGGGAGGUUAUUAGGGUAUUGAGGGAUUGGAAGGCGGAUCCGACGAUCAAGGAUAAUAAGGGGAGGACGGCGAGGGAUGUGGCGCAGAGGAGGGAUUUUUGGGAUGUUUCGGCGACGUUGAGAAGGGCGGAGAAGAGGUGGGAGGAGGAGCAUCAUCAGAAUUGGUUUCAGAGGCAUGGGCUUAAGCGAUGA